AUGCUGAAGGAAGAGUAUGGUUACCCAGAUACUAUUGACUUUAGUGACAGAUAUAAAGAAGCUAUUAGAAAGUUCAAGGAUGGAAAUACUGACCCGAACCUAUUUAGCUUUAUGGCUCAGCACCAAAUGGGAUAUAAUUUCAAACCUGGAAAAUACAAGCUCGCUAAGGGAUAUGAUUUAAUAGCAUAUCAUCCAAAUGACAUGGAUGAAUUUACUCCGAGAUAUUUGGUGUCAGAGCUAAAUGACAAUACAACUCUCUUCAUGAAACGCGUAAAAAAUAGAGACGGAACGAAAGAAGAAAGGUUUAUGAGUCCGGAUGACUUAGAUAGGGAACUUGUUAAAAACGGUCUCGGAAUAUAUGAAAUGCCAGCAGAUGAGGUACAAGAAACUCCACAGGAAGAAAUAGUUCAGAUACAACCAGACAUGGAAGAAAUAGUUCAGCAACAACAGCUAGAAGAGCCUGAAGGAAACGAACAAGUCACUCCUUUGGAAACUAACUUCACAGAACUAGAUGAAGAUUUGGAACAGCCGAAAAAUCUUGACCCUCAACAAGAGUAUGCGGAGAAUAUGGAAUAUUUCCAAGAGUCUAAAAAAAAUUCGGCUGACAUAGUAGAAGAAUAUCGAAAAAUGUUUGCCGACAUACAAAAGACUCCAACAUCAGAUGAAAAUAUCCAGCAUAGAAUGGAAGAACUGAAAAAAAAUGUACACAAAUACAACAACCCUUUUUACUUACGAGCAUUUAACGUUCAAUCUUCGGAUGAACUCGGUGAAGAUAAAAGGUUAAAUUUCAAGAAAACAUAUAGAAAUGAAACAUUGUUUAAA